CACUGCAUCAACAAACAGCAGCCCGGAAAUCUCGUUUGAAGAAGUUCCUCCGGAGCUUCCUGUCUGCUGAGCCACUUGUUGAGGAGGAGAAGGAGGUGAAGAAGGAGAAGAAGGAGGAGGAGACGAUGCUGGAGACACAGCGGUAAAAUAAAAAGAGUUAAGGCAGCAAUGUUCGGGCUGAGAGAGGCCGGGGUGCUCGGCUUCUCCGUCGUUGUGGCGGGCGGAGUCGCAUAUCUCAUCUGGAGCCAGUCGACCUCCUCCGGGGAGAAGAAGGAGGAGAAGAAAGAGGAGGAGAAAGAUGGUAAAAGUGUCAGGGAGGAGGAAGGAGAGAAGAAGGAGGAACAACCUGUGGCUGCUGCUGAAGCUCAGAAAGCCUCACAGCUGCAGUCGAAGCCCGUGGAGUCAGCUGGGACACAGGUGCUGGUUCUGGGUCUGGAUGGAGCCGGUAAGACCAGCCUGCUGCACUGUUUGGCCACCGGCAGCCUGGAGCAGGACAUGCAGCCCACGCAGGGCUUCAACGCCGUCUCCAUCAACAAGGAGGACCUGCACAUCGAGUUCUUAGAGAUCGGAGGGAAAGAGGAGCUGCGGCCGUACUGGCAGAAGUACAUGUCCAGAGCUCUUGUUCUGGUGUUUGUGGUCGACUCGUCCAGCUCUGAGCUCUUCCCCGUCGCUAAGAAACACUUACACGAGCUGCUGGCGUCCGACCCCCUCCUGCCUUUAAUGGUACUGGCCAACAAACAGGACCUUCCAGGAUCCUGCAGCAUCACUGACCUCCACGAGGCCCUGUCUCUGUCUGAGGUCGGGGACCGCAGGUUGUUCCUCAUCGGCACGUACGUGAAGAAGGGCGAGGCGGAGCUCAGCUCCGGCGUCCAGGACGCUCGGGACCUGAUCGUCGAGAUGGUUUGUGACAGCAGAUAAAACGCUCUGCUCUGUUCAUCUUUUCUCUGAACUGUUCUCACUACACCAGCUCGGCUGGAACUGUUUUAUUUAUUUGGUUUGGUUUGUUUAGCUGAAUGUAAAGGUGUAAACCUCGUCUGACUGGCUGCCUACAGGACACUCCUGCUAACAUGUUCAGAUUUAUGUGUCACCAAAGAUUUCUUCUCAUCCAAAGCAGGUGAUAAAUCAAUAGAGCCGUAAAGCUUUCACUUUUCAGGACUGUGUCUGCGUGCUUCUUUCUGCUCGUGUGGAUAACAACGUGCAAACAGCACGAGACGCAGUUCAGGUGCUGCCUUCAGGGUUUAAUGUCAGACACUAUUUUUCUAAUUUGGACUGCGUCAUAAUCUUCUUUGCAUGUCAUUAUCCACAGAGUAUUUAAUAAGCUGUACUGGGAGAGAAAAUGAACCUGUCAGGUCAACUCAAACACACAAAGUGAGGCUCCCAUCCCCGCUAAUAAAGAUCUGUUACGUUCACUCACUGUUUGUCGACUUUUCUCACUCAAAUUUUAAAGCAAAACAAGAUUCGAGGAGUUCAGUGAUGGUACGAGACAAACAGUGACCUCUUUGUGCCAGCUGGGGCCGCCAACAGGCAAACUCGACUCUUCACAGCUUUAAGAAGAAGACAUUGAACCUGCGGGUACUUGUUGAUAUGAAUAUAUUCAGUCACCAAACUGUAACACUACCCGACAGGAGUGUCCUUUUCGGAUUACAGCUUUAAAAACAUUCAUGCUUUUUAUGACACGAGUUCAUUAUGUGCGUUUUCGAUUGUGUUAAAAAGGGAGUUAUGAUAUCUUAAAGCGGUGUGUUGAUAAUUACAACCCCCUCACUUCACCCUGACGCACAGCAAAGACACAAAUAUGUAUUUUAUGAGUUAUUUUGUUCAUUUUGGGCAGAUAAAAAAAUAAAAUGUAAUAAUCAAUGUUUUGUGUUCUGUUCACGAAGCCCCUUAAAUCUUAAAUCUCACACUGGACCUUUUUAAAAACAAAUGGAAUAUAAAAACAGACUUAUCUUUGAGUCGUUGCUGUUCUGUGCACUGCUUCAUGUUAUUUUGUCUUAAUACUGUUUUAUUUGAUGAACUCUGUUUUAAUUCACCGUCUGUUAACUUUGGGAUGAUGAUGAACGUCUUUGUCGAUGUGUGCAAAGACUUCAUGUGUACCUUUUUAAAAAAUGUUCCACUUUUUUCCAACGUGCAGUAUUGUGUGAACAGUUUGAUCUGGUUUUAUUUGCAGGGUUUUCACACUUAAAUAAAUAGUUUCCACUAAAUU